UCCUCUUCCAGCUUUUGGACUGUUUGUGUUUCAGUAUUGUGGCUUUAUUACAAACAUUACCAUCGUGGUACACGUUUCCAAGACUUGUUUCCACACAAACAGGGGCAGCAGAUCUGCGUGACAUCCUGUUGUAAAGAUGGACUUUAUUAAAGAAGAGAGUGAAGACAUGACUGAUCUAAAACCAUGCAGAAUAAAAAGUGAAGAGACAGAGGAACAAAUAGACUUGAGGGUGAAAGAGGAAAAUCAAGAACUGAACGAAGAGCAGAAGCACCAUCACUGCCAGAAUCCUUCUAAUUUCAAAAAUGGAGAAAAAUCUUUUAGUUUCUCAGAGAGCAACAAGAAUGUUAAGCAAGAAAGAUCUGAACGAAAAAAUUCCUUCACCCGCUCUCAGGGUGGAACUAGUUUUACAGAGAACAAAAUCUCCCAUGAAAGUCACGCUGGAGAAAAGCUGCACAUAUGUCAUCAUUGUGGGAAGAGUUUUAAAUCUCAUGGAAAACUUACUAUGCAUGUGCGAAUUCACACUGGAGAGAAACCUUUUACAUGCCAUCAGUGUGGAAUGAGUUUCGUACAAAAAGUAAACCGGGAUAUUCACGUGCGAGUUCACACUGGAGAAAAGCCUCAUACAUGUCGUCAGUGUGGAAAGGGGUUCACAUUUCAAGGAAACCUUAGUAUGCACAUGCGAAUUCACACUGGAGAGAAACCUUAUACUUGCCAUCAGUGUGGAAUGAGUUUUACACAAAAAGUAAACCGUGAUAUUCACAUGCGAGUUCAUACUGGAGAGAAGCCUUUCACAUGCCCUCAGUGUGGGAAGGGUUUCUCGCGUAAAGGAACAGUUAAUUCACACAUGCGAAUUCAUACUGGAGAAAAACCUUUCACAUGCCAUCAGUGUGGAAAGGGUUUCAUAGAGGCAAGAAGUCUCAAAACUCAUCAGUGCUCUGCAGUACAAUCGGUCCAAAAACCACAACUGAAUAUUGAUGCAAAUGAGAAGAGUUAUUUGUGCUCUGUUUGUGGAAGAAGUUUUUCAGAUCUGCAAUGUUUUAAAAAGCACCAGAAAAUACAUACCAGAAAGAAAGGUCAUGUGUGCUCAGAGUGUGGUAAAACCUUUACUAGAUCUUGUAAAUUGAAAAUGCACCAAAGAAUUCAUAAGAAGAAAAAAAACAAUCAUAAAUAAUAAUACAUCUAAUCUGAUUAAAUGAUCAAGGCCCUCUCAGUGUAUUCCAAUCUAUGCUCAAAACAGUUCAUUUUGUACUAAUAAAUCUCCCUUUUUUAUUUGCUAUAGCAUUUAUCAACUGGAAAUAAAUGUAUCAUCAAAUAUGGAACCAAAUAUGGCAUUUAACCACCUAUAAAAUUAUUGAGCCUUUUUCAUGAAACAUAAGCACGACACAUUUUUGUGUCAAUCGUUCACAAAGCCAUUGACGUUAUAUUUUUUCUCAAAAUGUUAGUUGGUACGAACAACAUUUACACCUGUUCCUGAUCACGUGUGAAUUUGGUAAAAUACAUCUGAAUGUUUUGUGUUCUUUCAGACAAGCUGUAUUGACUAUGUUUUGAUAGGAGUGAAAUUAAAUGAAAAAUUAACUAAUAAUAACCAUAAUUACUGACCCAAAUUAGUACAUACCUGUAUUUACAUUUUAGCAGACGCUUUUAUCCUAUGCGACUUACAGUGCACUUAUUACAGGGACAAUCCCCAGAGCAAUCUGGAGUUAAGUGCCUUGCUCAAGGACACAAUGGUGGUGACUGUGGGGAUCGAACCAAUGACCCUCUGAUUAACAGUUGUGUGCAUUAGCCCACUAUGCCACCACCACUCACUAUAAAUAAAUACGAAAUUAACAGUUGUUUAGCCCAAAUGUUUUUGAUUGCUUGCAUUUAUUUAUUUAAAAAUUACAAAAUUACUGCUCAAUUACAAUGUGGUGUCCCCCAAGGGUCGAUUUUAGGACCCUUGUUAUUUUCACUGUAUGUGCUUCCUCUGAGCUCUAAUUUCCAGAAAUACAGCAUAUCUUAUCACUGUUAUGCUGACGAUUCCCAAUUUUAUUUCCCAGUGAGUGCAGACAAGCAUUGUUCAUCUGAGAACGCCCUAAAUUGCUUCAAAGAUAUUAAACAUUGCCUGGCAACAUUAUUUUUACAAUUAAAUGAAAGCAAAACCAAAGUUCUGAUUUUAGGUUCCUUCAUGUCCUCCUUAUCUGGCCCGGUUGCCCAGUUAGGUCCUCUGUUGUCGACUGUACAAGAUCAUGUAAGAAGUCUCGUUGUGAUUUUAGACUCCUCGUUACUUUUCAAUAACCAGAUUGGCGCUGUUGUCAAGGGUAGCUUUUUCCACCAGAAAUCUAUUGCUAGAAUAUAACAUUUUCUUUCCCAUAAAGACUUGGAAGCUUUUUCUGUGAUAGGUCCUAAUCUCCAUGUGAGGUCAGCUUCAUCAUUAGCCAUUUUUAAAUCAUCUUUAAUAUUUUUAUUCUGUAGUGUUUGAAUAGAUCAUUGAAUUGUUUGAAAUGGAUAAAUACAUGAUGUUGUAUUUUAUAUUUAACUUUAAAUCAAUCUCUUUUAUAUCACUCUGUCAUUUUAUUAGUAUCUGUGAAGCACUUUGGGUCAACUUCUGUUGUUUUUAAAUGUGCUCUAUAA